AAGUAAAAACAACUGUGUUCAUUUACUUUUCCGCUGCAUAUUUCAACUCAACUUUUCGAAUCGAUAUUCACCCCCCCUCUAUCGAACGAUCACGGUCCUACAGUCAUAACAUAAUUUCACUGUCAUAAGAAGCAGAAAUCGAGUUGAAAUAGGUCUUGAGGUCUUGUUUGAUGAAGAUUGAUCCAGCAUUGAAGAUGUAGAGGUCAUUGUCUUGUCAUGCCAAUCAUCUUCUCCGAGUCUAAAUCCAGGAAUUCACAAUGAGAGGAAAAAAAACAACACAGUUAAGAUCAAAGGUAAGUUUGCUGAUGGAUAAUAGAUUAUAUGAUAAAUGAGGCACAUGCAAAACAUCUCUAAGGACAAGGAAAGGAGAAACAACAACAGUUCCUUUCCUUGCUAUAGUAGCAAAGGAUCUAUCAGCAAUUUUAACCUUUUUAUUCCUUGCGCACCGUGUAUAUGUAGAGACAAAUUGUGAAAUAUCUAUCAUAUGGUCGGUGGCACCUGAAUCUAAUAUCUAGGAACCAUUUGAGUUUGUGCUGCCAAUAGAAGCUAUAGGGGAUAUACCUAUUUGAGCAAAAGAGCAAGAAGAGUUAGAAUUUCCAACAGAGUCAGAUUGAAGCAUUUUAUACCGGUGCUCUAUUUGAUCCUUUGUGAAAGGGAGAGAUUCAGAGGUUGAUGAUUGAUGUCCAUAAUCAAUACUAGUUUGAAGGGCCAAAUACCAGCAUUAGUAGCUUUAGAGUUGCUGCCUGACUUCUUUUUAUAAUUUUCUUAUUUGCCAUGGAUUUUCCAGCAUGUCUCAAUAGUGUGCCACGGCUUGUGACACCUUUCACACUAGAUUUUUGGCUUAUCGCCUUCAAAACUAGUCCCUUUGGUGACAAGGGCAGAUCUCUCACUAUCUACUAUCUUUGGUUCUUCAAUUCCUUUCAACAUCACUUGGGGUCGAGCCUCCUCUCGACGAACCUCUGAGAAAAUUUCUCUAAUGGCAGGCAGAGGUUUUCUCCCAAAUAUCUGUCCUUGAACUUCAUCAAGCUCCUUAUUUAAACUUGCCAAAAAGACAAAUGCCUUGCUUCUCUCUACCUUCUUUUUAUAUCGAAUACCAUCAUUGGUGCUUUCCCAUUCCUCUUCUUCAAAUAAAUCUAGUUCCUGCUAUACAAUCAUCAUUUCAUUGCAAUAGGCAAUAACAUUUCGGUUUCUUUGCUGCAUUCUCCACAUUCGAAUAUUUAAUUCGAGCAGUUGAGAAUGAUUCUCCAUAUCAUAGUAGGUUUCACGUACAACUUCCCAUACAUCACGGGUUGUUGGUAAGAACAUGAAAGGUUUGCCAAUGAUUUGGGUCCAUUGGGUUAAUAAUCCAUAGUCACCAAAGAAUUUUUCGAGCGCCAUUGUUUGUAUUUCGGAUCAUUUGAAGCUGGUGGCUUUAUUUCUCCAUUUAAAUGUUUGAGUUUCCUUUACCAUCAAUCACCAAGCGGAUGGAUUCAGCCCAUCCAAGGUAAUUUUUUCAAUUGAAUCUAUGUAUGGUGAUUUGGAGGGAAUCAGACAAGGAGAUAUUUGAAUUUGGUCGGUUUCCUCCUUCCAAGGAUGGUGCGCUAUCGCCGAUGGUUGAUCCAGACGAUUUUGAGUCUGUGCCGACCAUAGCGGCUUUGAAAUUUAUGACCUAGAACUGGGCUCUGAUACCAUGUAAAUAAUGCACCAAAAGAAAAUGAAGGAGAAAGACUAAAAUCUACUUUUUAUUACAUAAUAAUUCAGAUCUCAAUACAUCGUUAAAUAGAAGAAAGCGUAUAAGUUCAAAUCUCACAAAAUAAGGAAAUAUUCUAAUCCUAAUAAUUACCUUCCUAAAUUUAUUUCAAUCAAAUAAAAUCAUGACAUAUUUAAUCUAAUCAAAUCAUGCCUAAUUUAUCGACAGGGAUCAACUAUCUAAAGAAAAAAAAUUGCAUCCUGCCUACACAGCAUGGUGAUACGAGUAUUGUGGAUUUGGCGGUUCGAAAUGCUGCAUGUCAGGGAAGUGGUGCUGGCAAUAAGAUGGAAGUCCUUGGACUUUUACUGUUGUGUAUAAGUAUCUUAGCUUGUUUUUCCUGGAUAAAUUGGUUUGACUCAACCAAUUCAAGAUACUUCUUAUGUUGGCAUGGUAUUGGGUCUGCUCACGGCCUCUUCCCUGCCAAUCUGGUUUACUAAUUUCCUUCCCAAUUUUUUUCUUCAGCAUUUACAACAUAUAGUGCUUGCUUCACAGGUUGAGGCAUUCAUCUGUAAUCCAGUGAACCAUGGCCAAUGGUCAACUACACUAUUUCUUGAUCUUGGAAUUGACUCCAAGCCUUCCUGGGGUAUGGUUAUGAUGAGUUCCAUUGAUUUGGAGGUGUGGGUCCCUCUAAAGAUACUUCUGUCCUAGCUGCUCUAUUUGAACCAGCUGCUAGCAAGAGGAAAUUCGGUUUUAUCGGGACUAUCUUGACCAAAGCCUUGGAUACUGUGUGGGAACACGGCUGAAGAUUCAGAACAUAGUUUCUGGUCAUGCUCCAAUAUGCAGUUGGUGUGGCUGCAAGCUCCUGGGAUGCACUUAUCCUAAUUUGUUCACCUUUUAUUUACUGUUGGGGUGACUUUGAAUUGGUGGAACCAAGUAGAAGAUUGAAAUUUUGAGGCUUUCUGAUAUUGCUACUAACUGCUUUUUAUUUUUUAGUUAUUCUGAGUUUUCUCCAACCGAAUAUACGCUCUUGUAGCUUCCUCCAUGAGAAAGACUAGUUGCUUUCUUUCUCCCUGUGAUGCUAGAUAUGUUUUUCCCUUUUCUGUACCAUUUCAAUAUUUUUGGAAUGAUAAUUUUGACUCAGUCAUUGUUGUUCCUGAAAAAUUUAUUGUUUUACUUAUCAUUUCCCAUGAUACUUAUAUCAACUGCUUCCUUGUAUGCUAUUUACCGAGGGUGCAUUAUGACUUACGAGCGCACUGAUUUCAAACUCAAGGCAUUUUUAUCCUAUGCAUGUUUCAGGUUACUCAGCCAUUGCAUGCAGAGGGGUGCGGAAGGUAGUAUGGAAUAUCGAAGCUGAUGUAACCAAUGGAUAUUUGUUAUUUAUAACGGGCGAUCCAAUUUGUUUAGGCUCUUGGGAACUAGAGAGAGCUAUUCACUUGUCUCGUUGCAAGGAGCAUGCUAACUUAUUCAUCUCUGAAGUAAAGGUACCUUGCGGGAUUCAUUUCAAAUACAAUUAUUUCAUGAAAGAUGAGAGAAAUCCUUUGAGGGACAUUAUUUGGAGAUCUGGGCCUGAAUUCUCUUUAUCCAUACCUUCUCUUGGUAGUGAAAAUGAAGUCAUUGUGGUGAGAGAUUGUUGGAUGAGGAAUAGAAUACAGGGACUGCCAGUUCCCUCGUGGGGAUCGUGGAUGCUGGAUUUAGAAUUCCCCAACAAUCAGAUCAAGAAUGGAAAUUACAAAGUUUCAUCUGCAGUGGAUUCACAGGAGAGUUGGGCAUAAUGAGAAGUAUUAAUGGUGCUCGCUUGCUAGGAGAGAAAUUGUCCGUUUAUGAUAUUUCUAAAGAACAGUAUAAAUUUGUAGAUAGGGAUGCAGAAAUACAUGUGGUAGGUUCAGAGGAAAAGGAUUCUGAAAAAGCACAACCUGUUGAGGAACCAUGGCUACUUCGAUCUACUUUUUUUUCUUUUACUGAGUCUGGUGAACUUGAUGAUACUAUCAGUCUAGAAGAACAGCAUAAACUAAAUUUAGUGAACUUGCACGGGGCAGAUAAAAGACCUGAAGAUGAGUUCAAUAUAGUCCACAUUGAAGAACCAGAAUCAACUGUUAUACUUAUAAAUUCAUCUGUCUGUACCAUGCAAAGAAUUGCUGUCUUGGAAAAUGAUAAGCUCGUUGAGAUAUUGUUGGAACCAGUCAAGAAUAAUGUGCAGUGUGAUAGUAUAUAUUUAGGUGUGCUUACAAAGCUUGUUCCUCAUAUGGGUGGGGCAUUUGUAGAUAUUGGUAUUUCUCGGUCAUCCUUUAUGGAUAUUAAGCGGAAUAGAGAACCGUUUGCUUUUCCGCCAUUUUGUCGUGGUAUUGAGAAAGAGCCUUAUAACAAAUCUAGUAAGCUUGAACUCAAAGGUAAUUUUGACAUCCAUGGGCAUGGCCAGCCUUCAUAUGAUGAGGAUGAUAUGACUGAUUCACUAUCAGAGAUGAACCAUCAUAAUGAACAUGAAGUAGAAGAUGAACUGGAUGCAUCUGAUGCUAUUAAGAUGAACUUUGGCAACAAUAUAAAUGAGUUAAACAUUGUCGAAGCUGAUUUUGAUGAUGAAUAUGCUGAUGAUUUCCUUCCGCUAGAAGCAGAAAGCUCAAACAACUCUAGUCUUCCACUUCUUAUACAAGAAAGCUUGAAGGACGUUGAUGGUGUUGAUAGAGGUAACAACAAAUGGGAUCAUGUUCGUGAAGGGACAGAAGUAAUUGUCCAAGUGGUUAAAGAGGGGCUAGGCACAAAAGGUCCUGCUCUUACUGCAUAUCCUAGCCUAAGAAGCAGAUUCUGGAUAUUAAGCACUCGGUGUGAUAGAAUAGGAAUUUCAAAGAAGAUAACUGGCGAGGAACGCAGCCGCUUAAAAGUUGUUGCAAAAACAUUGCAGCCUCAAGGUUUUGGCUUGACUGUACGAACUGUUGCUGCUGGUCACUCUUUGGAUGAACUGAAAAAGGACCUUGAUGGAUUAAUUUCAACAUGGAAAGGCAUAGCUGAACAUGCAAAAUCUGCUGCAUUAGCUGCUGAAGAGGGUGUAGAAGGAGCAGUUCCUGUAAUGUUACACAGGGCAAUGGGUCAGACUUUGUCCGUUGUGCAAGAUUAUUUUAAUGAAAAGGUCAAGCGCAUGGUUGUUGAUUCUCCUCGAACUUAUCAUGAGGUUACUAGCUAUCUCCAGGAAAUCGCACCAGAACUAUGUAACCGAGUUGAGUUGUAUGAUAAAAGAAUACCCAUUUUUCAAGAAUACAAAAUUGAAGAGGAAAUCAAUAGCAUUCUAAGUAAAAGGGUUCCCCUGUCCAAUGGGGGUUACUUGGUGAUUGAACAGACUGAAGCAUUGGUCUCAAUAGAUGUUAAUGGGGGGCAGUGUAUGCUAGGAGAAGGAACAUCUCAAGAGAAAGCUGUUCUAGAUGUCAAUCUUGCAGCUGUGAAACAAAUUGCAAGGGAGCUACGUCUGAGAGACAUUGGUGGCAUAAUUGUGGUUGAUUUUAUUGAUAUGGUUGAUGAUUCAAAUAGAAGGCUUAUUUAUGAAGAAAUGAAGAAGGCAGUUGAAAGGGAUCGAUCAACGGUCAGAGUUUCUGAGCUAUCUAAGCUUGGGUUGAUGGAGAUCACCAGGAAGAGGGUCCGUCCAAGUGUCACAUUCAUGAUCAGUGAACCAUGCAUUUGCUGCCAUGCCACUGGAAGAGUGGAAGCUUUGGAGACAUCAUUUUCAAAGAUUGAACGGGAAAUAUGUCGCCUGCUUGCUGUCUCUCAUAACAAGCCAGAUUCUGAAAACGUGAAGUCCUGGCCUAGAUUUGUGCUAAAAGUGGAUCGUCACAUGUGCAACUACCUCACAACAGGAAAGCAAACAAAACUAGCAGUCUUAAGUAGUUCUCUCAAAGUUUGGAUUUUGUUGAAGGUAGCCAGAGGAUUCACCCGAGGAUCAUUUGAGGUGAAGCCAUUUACUGAUGCCAUGGCAAAUGAAGAGCAGCAAGUUGUUGCUCUUUCCAGAUUGCGGCCUACAGAAGCUAGGGCGUAUACUUCGACCACCAAGCUUACUUUGUUUCCUGUCAAGAAAGGGAAGAGUCGAGGUAAAUGAAAGGGCAUGUAAUAAGGUUCAUCUCCAUCUUGUUUUUAACUAUUUUUAAGUUUUGAUUUAUCAAUCUUGUCUAGUUUUCGCGCAUAUGCUACCUCAUUGUUCACAUAAUAUCACAAAGAAUUCUUUUGA